AUGUCAAUGUCCAAAGACCUUGAGCUGCAAAUUUCCACACUUCGCAAAUCACGAUGGGUCAACCUCUCUGGACUCGUUGAUUGUGCUACGAAACGUCUUUCGAAACCUACUUGCCAAUCCAUCCAACUUCUCGGAAGGGGUAGCUACAAUACCGUCUACAGACUAGUCUUCGCCGACGACACCGAGAUCGCCGCUAGCGUGUCAGCGUAUGAUGACGAGGACUUUAAUCCCCAGGCAAAGCUGUCUGAGAUAGCCACCAUGCAGUUUGUUCGUAUCCAGGUCCCACAAGUCCACGCUUGGGACGUUACAUUUUCUAAUCCAGCUGGUGCGCCGUAUGUUCUCAUGGACGUUGUCCACGGACGAAAGCUUGACAAUCUCACCAACGAUGACAACAAGCUUCGUGGUCUGGAUGGUAUGUCAGAAGUACAGCAACUAGCCGUCACCAAAGCUCUGGCAAAACUACAAACUACUUUGUCGGCACCCGUACCGUUUGAUGAGAUCGGCAGCAUUACCUUCAAUGAUGAAGGAGGCUUUAUCAUGGGACCACUCUUCACUAUCACGCAGAAUAACCUUGGGGGACCAUAUCAAUCCCUCAUGGAUCUCUGGAGGGCCCGGUUGGAGCAUGAGAAUCUUGCAUGCUCUGAGGGAAUGGUCAAGGCUUGA